AUGGCGGUCACGAAGUGGAUCUUGAACAGCAAAGCGCGAAAGGCCUUCGACAUGAAUGACAAGGUGGUCGCCUCGGCGCUCAUAGCCACAAAGUUGGGCAAUGGUUCCCACUGUGGCGCUUCGCCAAGAAGAAACGCGCGCCCCGACCCGAAGACGACGGACGGCCAGAGCUUACCUCAGCGACGGCGCCAGUCAGCUGCGGGGCGUGGCUCUGCCAAAGGCUUGUCAUAUUGGCGCGUUUGCUCCCUUGCUGGGGUUGGGGGCCCGAUCAGCCGCCAUGCCGCCCUUGCAAGCCACCAUAGAUCGACUUCGUGCGUACCCUUGCCCAACUUUCCCCGCUCGUGCACCUUGAUUGCGUUGCCACUUGUGAGCUCACUUGGAACGUGUGGACCAGAGGAUGAGGUGAUUGAAGCCAUUGUGGAGCAGUGUAUGGUGCAUGGCGAUGCGCUUCAUGCCCUCCGCAACAAUUGGCAUGCCUGGUUUGGGGGUGAAACACCCCCGGCCUUGCUUGAUGAGCCUGAGCUCAGUCGAGACGAACUGCGCCAAAUCGUGGCGCGCAGCAGCUGGGUCCGACCUCCGAUUCAGCCGGUUGCAAGCACAGCAGGGGCCACAACCUCCACCAACGUCGUGCUUGGCCGCCGCGUGCGGCCCCCCGAGCCUCACUUGCCAACCCUGAUUGUUCAUCUCCUUUUUGCCCGAAUCAGUGAUCUUGAGGUAGCCAAUGCGGCUCAGCAUGAGGACCUUGAGUUUCGAAACAAGGAGCUUGAGGUGCUACGUGAAGCCUUGCGACGCGCCGAGACCCUGGCCGAUGAGCAGUUGGCGCAAGCUGACCAGCAUAUCGCUGACACCAAGGCAGAGCUGGAGGAAAUUAGAGAGCGGCAGCUACGUGAGGUUCAACAAGAACGAUUGACUGAAGUAAAGCAGCUUCGUGGAACCAUCGAGAUGCUCACGGCCAAUACCAAGCGCCUGACAGCCGAAGUUGAGGACCGUGAUGCCCAGCUGCGUGCGCUGCGCGAGGAACAUGCCGAGUUGACACGGCUGGCUUACAACCCUGGCCACAGCAGCCCAACUGCGGCUGCGGCUGUUCAUUUUGAGCUCGCCACGCAAGCUAGGGCUCAGGCCCAGGACGAGGCUGCACGCCUGCGCCGAGAGCUCGAGGAUGUUCGGGCCUUACUUGAGACCAAGGAUCAGACCACGCGCCAACACAUUCAGCAACUAUCGGAAAAAAACACGUUUAUCACAGAGCUGCGUGCUCGCGUGGCAGACCUAGAAUCGGAUGCCUCAAUGCGCCAAGUGCAAGACGAUGCAGCGCCGACACUCGCCGCCGAGCUCCUAGAACAUGAGCGGCAGGUCCGCGAGAGCCAGGCUCAAGCCGAUAGCGACAGCGAUGCUGCUACACGGCGCUCUCAACGCGCUUCACCCCUUGUGGGGCUGACACCGGCUGUGGAUUCAGCAGGACCGCCUGAGUCCCGAUCGACGAGUGCGGACAACAUGCGCGACAGCAUUGCUGCCAUGCAUCUCCAAGCGUUGGAAACGCAGGUCGCGCAGCUCCGGCGUCAUCGCCCUUCUUCUGGGGGCGGCGGUUCCGGAGCACGCUCGUCCCCGGGGCGACAAAAUUCCAACUUGGAUCCCAAUGCCCCCGAAUCCCCGGUGCUCUUCCGUCCACGUGCUUCUUCAGUUCGUGAGGCUGAGAUGCGUGAGCUUGUGCGCACGGGCCACCAGGCUGAGCUACGCAAUUUACGCUUAGCAUCAGAGCAGGCCGACGCUGCUGCACGCCUUGAAACCACUGUUCAAACGCUCGAGCAGCAGCUGGCAGAGCAAAAGGCCAUCAACACUCGUCUGCAGGCUGAGCACGCAACACUGAACGAACGCCUUGCUUUACUUGAAACAGAGCUCACCAUAGAGCAGGCACGUACAUCGGCAUACCGCGAACAGUGUGACCAAGACAUGGCACGCUUCAUGCAACGGCAUCAGCGCGGGGAGACUCUCACCUGGUCCAUGCCGCGGGCGAUGGCGCAUCAUGCGGUGCGAGGAGCCUCACCACCUAGAUCACCGUCACCUCUAACACCACAGGCUGGCGCGAGUCUGCAGACUUUAGGCGAUGCCAAGGGCUUGGGUUCCGAUCAGCACGGGCUCCACGAUUGGCCAACCGCUUCGCUCAAAAAAGAGUCAGUCGCCAGUUAUCACUCGGGCCACCGGCUAGAAGACGGCCGUAUGACACCUGACAAGCCAGGCGUCCCAGCCCAGGCCUCGUAUGUAGGCGCCAAAGCCGGCGCAGCCACCAGCGAGGCACGCUUGGCUGCAUUGCUUCAGGAAUAUGGGUUACCAACGGGCGCCCCUGGUUCAGCGUGA